AGGUUUUGUUGAAAGUUGACAAAAUAUUCAACAGUUUUCUCCACCAUGAUGAAAAUCGCGGUACUACUUUUUGUCGUCGCGACGGCCUACGCCGUUAGCGCGGUACCAGUAGAGGGUAAAGACUACCCUCGGUACAUACAGUUUCCUGAUGGAGACGGCAAUCUCCAUGAUGUGGACUUGGAAGCUGAACCUGAUUACGAGCUACUUCAAGAAAUUCAAAGGAACCCAGCUAAUAAUUUGUACCUUUUGUUCACCAGAGCCAACCCGACUAGCUCCCAGACUCUGGUCAUGAAUGAUGGCAACUCCAUCAGGAAUUCUAAUUUCAACCCUAACAGGGUCACAGUUGUGGUUGUCCACGGUUGGCUCAGUAAUCAGGAAACGGACAUCAAUCCAACCGUCAGGGACGCUGUUCUUGGCCGCUAUGACGCUAAUGUCAUCGUCAUGGACUGGAGGAGACUGGCGAUAUCCGACUACGUCACCGCAGCCCGCGGCGUACCUGAUGUUGGUAGAGGAUUGGGACAAUUCAUCAACUUCCUCAAUAGGGAAACUGGUCUCAGCUUGAACAACGUGCACUUGGUUGGCUUCAGCCUUGGUUCCCACGUUGUCGGUAACGCUGGUAGGGAAUUGGGAGGAAGAGCCGCGCGUGUUACCGGUCUUGACCCAGCAGGUCCGCUAUGGACCUAUAGCAGCAACAAGAUUAGCAGCAAUGACGCUGUGUAUGUCGAAGCUAUUCACACCGAUGGCAACACCCUUAUUGGUCUCGGCAUUGGUAGGAAUGUUGCUGACGCUGACUUCUACCCAAAUGGCGGUUACAAUCAACCCGGUUGCAUAACCGGUAUUUGCGACCACAACCGAGCUUGGAGAUUUUUUGCUUCCACUGUCACCCGUAAUCAUUUGAUUGCCAACGAAUGUAGCUCAAGCCUCCAAGUCAGUUUGAACACCUGCAGGGGUUCAGAAUUCCCAAUGGGUAACAAUGACUUGAGAAAGUCUGGAUCUGGAAUGUUCCGUGUCAACACUGGAAGAAAUUACCCUUACUAAAUUACUGAUCGCACCUGCACCUGUCCAUGAUUUGAAGACACCAAUAGCCUGCAAUAGCCGCUUCAUAUAAUAUCAGUUUCUAUUUUUACAUAUUUAUAAUA